CAGGAGUUCGUUCAGAGACCAUUUCUGUGCGGCAAGAAAUAAAAGUGUUGCAGCUGUGGAAAGAGAUAGAAACUCGACAUCCUGGAUUGGCUGAUAUUAAAAAUCAGGUGAUAUUUGCUGUUCGUCAAGAGUAUGUCGAGCUGGGAGAUCAGCUCCUCCAGCUGCAACCAGGAGAUGAAAUUGCCAUUAUCCCCCCAAUUAGUGGAGGAUAAUGCUUCUCAGCCAUGUAGGAAAAAUGUGGGUGAAGUUGAAGAGAAAUCUAAAGACAUAAUAAAAUGCACUGCCGAGAAACUUUCAGUAGAUGAAGUCUCACAGUUGGUGAUUUCUCCAGUGUGUGGCGCAGUGUCCUUAUUUGUAGGUACUACAAGAAAUAACUUUGAAGGGAAAAAAGUCAUUAGUUUAGAAUAUGAAGCAUAUAUACCAAUGGUGGAAAAUGAAAUCAGAAAAAUUUGUACUGACAUUAGGCAGAAAUGGCCGGUAAAACACAUAGCAGUGUUCCAUAGACUUGGCCUGGUUCCAGUGUCAGAAGCAAGCAUAAUUAUUGCUGUGUCUGCAGCCCACAGGGCUGCAUCUCUAGCAGCUGUGAGUUAUGCUAUUGACACUUUAAAAGCCAAAGUGCCCAUAUGGAAAAAGGAAAUAUAUGAAGAAUCAUCUUCAUGGAAAAGAAACAAAGAAUGUUUUUGGGCAACCAGUGAUUAAUCAUAUUUUAGAGCAUUAUAUCUUAAAUUUGGUAAAUUUUCAUUAUGGAUAAUCUUUUGCUUUUCUUCUACAGAAAAGAUAGUUUACUGAAGCACAGUCCCUUAGGUUUCACGAAUGAAGGAUAAAAAGUGAGAAAAAGAAUGCAAAAUAAAUGGUUCUGGGGGAUAAGGGUCUAGGUCCUAGAGAUGGGGAAGAAAUGAGAUCAUUUGAGUGUGAGGACAGAUAUGUGUAGUAGACAUACCUCUCCUUGAUUAAUUUCUGAUUAUAACUCAACUCGUAUUAAGGUGAGGCCCCUCCUCACCAACUUUAACUGUUUCAGAGACCUCUUUGUCCGCCAACCCCCAGUGCAUUAGUAAUUAUCCUCAGGGAUGCAUUGUGGAAAUGUUGGGAGAACUGGGAAGUCAGAUAGUUUCCCUAUUGUGUGUUAUAUAUUUUCAGAACUUACAUAUUAAAAACACUCCAUGAUUUAGUGAUAAAUCUAAAAUAUGGAGAAGUCUAAUUUAGUCUACAGUUGUACCAUCAUACUUGUAUUUUGUUAUCAGUGUACAAGUCAGCAUAAAAUUGUUAAGAAACUAGCAACAUGCUGUGUGCUAAAAUGUUACUUAAUGUUUAAAAUUUAACAUAACUGUUAAAGUAAAUUAAUAUUAGAGAAAUUACAUGAUUUCUAAAGUAUUUGAGGGUGUUUUUCUGGAAACUAAGGCAACAUUAUCAUGAGUGAAAUCAUUAAAAAAAAUUUUUUUGUAAGAUUUUUAUACUAAAUGAUGUAGUUUUUGAUUGAUCAGCCUAUAUACUCCCUUGAUUUGAGUAUAUAAGUCUCAUACUUUUUUUUUUAAAGUUAACAGCCUAUUUGAGGUAUAU